UGCAAAGCAAACGAAGUGAAAAGCAAACGAUGUAAAGAGCAAAAAUCAAACAAAGCAAAUGAAGCAAAAAGCAAAAAUCAAACAAAGCAAAAAGUGCAAAACAAACAAACAAAAAGCAAAAAGCAAAUGAAACAAGCAAGUGAGCAAAAAAAGCAAAAGAUACACAAUCAUGCAG